ACUUUACUCAACUGUCUGGUCUCUUGUCUCCCCUCAGUCCAGCUCCUGAAGUCCUCAGACCUGGGUCGACACAGCCUCCUCUACCUGAAGGAGAUCGGCCACGGCUGGUUCGGGAAGGUUCUUCUGGGGGAGGUGAACACGGAGCUAAGAUCCUCCCAGGUGGUGGUGAAGGAGCUCAAGGCCAGCGCCAGCGUCCAAGACCAGACGCUCUUCCUGGAGGAAGCCCAGGCAUACCGUACCCUCCAGCACCCUGCCCUCAUGCGGUGCCUGGCGCAGUGUACCGAGGUCACGCCCUACCUGCUGGUGAUGGAGCUGUGUCCCCUGGGGGAUGUGAAAGGUUACCUCCACAGCUGCAGAGCCGCAAACACCCUGACCCCAGAGCCCCUGCUCCUGCAGAGGAUGGCCUGCGACGUGGCCUCAGGCCUCCUGCACCUGCACAAACACAACUUCGUCCACGGUGACCUGGCCCUGAGGAACUGUCUCCUUGCUGCUGAUGUCACGGUGAAGAUUGGAGACUAUGGCCUGUCCCACAGCAAGUACAAGGAUGACUAUUACGUGACGUCAGAUCAGAUGUAUGUUCCUCUGCGUUGGGUGGCCCCAGAGCUGAUAGACGAGGUUCACGGGAACCUGCUGGUGGCAGACCAGACCAUGCAGAGCAACAUCUGGUCUCUGGGGGUGACGAUCUGGGAGCUGUUUGAGCUGGGGAACCAGCCGUACGAACACUACUCUGACAGACAGGUCCUGACCUACGCCCUGAGGGAGCAGCAGCUGCGACUGCCCAAGCCCCUGCUCACAGUGCCCUUGGCCGAGCGUUGGUAUGAGGUGAUGCAGUUCUGCUGGCUGCCUGCCGACCAGAGGCCCAACGCAGAGGAAGUCCACCUGCUCCUUAGCUACCUGUGCGCCAAGGGGGCCAGCGAGGCUGAGGAGGCUGAGGCCGAGGAGGACUUUGAGAGGCGCUGGGACUCCCUCCGCCCCGGGGCCGGUCACAGCGGCCUCCACCGGCCCUCCUCCUCCUCCUCCUACCCCCUGCUGGAGCACUUCUCCACGGGCGACGGUUACCAGGGCGACGACAUCCUCACGGUGACGGAGACGAGCCACGGGCUCAACUUUGAGUACAAGUGGGAGCAGGCCCGAGCGGAGCCUCCGUUUCACGCUGCCUCCAGCGGGACCCUGGGCCAGGGCAACCCCCACUGCCAGGACAUGUACUAUCCCCCGGGGGGCAUGGUGGGAGGCUGCCCCAUGGAGGGGCUCUCCCUGGGGGUCUCGCCCUCCUACUACGAGCCCAAACAGCUGCACCCUCCCGGGGUGGUACCCGUGCUGAGCGCUCACAGCCCCUCGAUGGGUAGCAAGUACUACAUCCGCAUCGAGGAGCCGGUGGACUGUACCAUCGACCUGGACUACACCAUGUGCUCCUAUAGCCCGGACUACCAGGGCAGCAGCGGAAGCUUCCUGACCGGCAGUGCUGACUCUGGGGACUGCAUGGCCUGCCCCCCGCUGGCCAAGCUGGAUUCCUACUGGGCGUCCAACCUCCAUAAGACAGGGGGGUAUGACUCCGACGCCAGCCCAGCCAUCUCCCUGACCAUGGAGCCCCUCCUGGGGCACGUGUCGGACGGCAGCCCCCUUAGACCCUGGGAGUCGGGUCACUACGUGUCCUAUAAGGACCGCGAUGGAGGAUACUACUACGAACACUCUCCCUCUCUGGGCCUGGACCAGCACUACCUGAUGGGGGGGGAGCCCUCGGAGGUGCUCCAGGAGAGCUGGGGGUCCCGGAGCCUGAGGCAGGCCCUGGGGGAGCUGGAGAACCCCCUUGGGAUCUCCCCCUCUGUCGGUACCCCCUCUCAGCAGGGCUACGGGGACCCCUACCUGGAGACCAGCGGAGGGGGAGUCAUCGGGAAGAACGUGACAGGGGGCUACUACGACAUGAUGGGCUCUCUGAGGAAGACCAUGCCCGGCCACGCCCAUUCGGUCAGCAUCAACAUGGAGAAAGAGGCCGCCAUCUUCAUCGGCCACAAGGACAGCGAUUCGGAGGACGAGGAUGAGGAGGACAUCUUCGUAGAGAGGCAUAACUGCAACACCUGGCCCUCCAAACGCUCGGGGCACGGCAGCGGCGGCGGUCUGGGUCUGCCACGCCGGCGUGCCAGCUGCCGGCAGGAAAGCUACGCCGACUUCCACUACACCAUGCCCUCCACGGACGUCGAGGACUCCUGGCCUGAGCACAGCUUGGCUUUCCACUCUGCCCUUAAACCACAGCACUACCUGGAGGCCUCCACAAAAGACUCCAGCAGCUUAGGUCUGGGUAAACACCACCCUCUGGUGCCUGCCGUGGACUGCAGUGCCUACAUCUACCUGUGCCACGAGGGCGAGGGCGAAGUCACGCUGCCAGGCGAGUGCUGCCACUCACACUUUGUCGACCCGCUCACAGGACUCGUGGUCCGCAACUACAGCCAUGACGACUACACCGCGGAUAAGAUCGUCGAGAUACCGAGCAACGACGAGCGUGUGAAUCUUUCCCCAGCUCCGGGGGGACCGGUCGUGUCCAAACAAACCCUGACCAGGAAGGACGACCCUCCGUUUGACCUCCCAGAGAAGUACGUCGACGUGACUCCAGAUGACACCUCCAGCGCAGAGCAGAAGGGAGACGUUACCAAAGGAGACCUGAUCAUGGAGGAACCCAAAGUGGAGGAGGAGGCUGUGACGAACGUAGCCCCUCCUCCGGCCAACACCGCCGUUCCAUUGGCCACGGCCGAGCCUGACUGGGAGCUGAGUCAGACGGUGGAUAGCGGUGUGGACGGAUCCAGCAUCAGCCUGGUGGACGUCCUCGACUGCAGCGACGACGACGACGAUGACAUCACCGACGACAUCACCGACGUCACCUCAGGGAUCUUCGCAGACGAGGCCGGCGACCUGAUCUCCUCGCCGGUGGCCUUGAAGCCCCUGCAGAAGCAGGGGGGGACCCCUGAUUCCAUGGAGUCCAUGGACCUGCCUUCGGGGGCAGGCUCUUGCGAAGGGCUCAGCCCUGCAUCCUCACGCCCCACCAGCUCGCCCAAGGCUGUGGACAGCGGCUACGACACUGAGAACAACGAGAGCCCGGAGUUUGUCCCCAAAGAGCCCCACGAGCACCGGGACUCUCUGACAAAGCCUCCUCUAGACAUCAGUCUCAUGGAGGAGGCGGAAGACGUGCAGGAGGGCGAGGCGGAGGUUGUGCCCAGUGACGGUGAGCCUACCCUGGGGGAGGAGGUGGCGGAGACAGACCCUCAGACUGGGGACCAGCCGUUAGUGCCACUCAGUGACAAAAGCCCUUACAGAGACUCUGCCUACUUCUCUGACUAUGAGAACGAGAGACUGUCCAGGGACGAAGGGGAUGGACUGCUUUCAAAAGAAGAAGAAGGAGAGGAUAAUGUGGGUGAGGAGGACAGGAGAGAGGGGAGGCUGAUCGAGGAGGAAGAGGAGAUGGAGAAGGGAGAAGCCCGUCUGGACAGCGAUCCGGAGAUGAAAAGCGGGUCCCUCAAAGCAACAGAGCUCUUUGACAGUGAUGGCCCUUUCCCCGACUCAUCUCAAAUCAACUCCUAUCUCUCCUCCUCCCCUUUGGAGAGCGAGGGAUGUCUGAUGGAAGAGUGUGCCCAACAUGAAGGGCUAGGGCUGGGAUUGGAGCUCCCUGGAGAGGAGGAAAGGCCUGAGUGCUCCAUUUCCAUGGGCGAGGCCGGCUUGGAAGAAUGGCCUUCCCAGGAGGAGAGCUCUUCUCUGGGGGACUGGGCAGCCGAGGUGGUGGGGGCCAUGGAAGAAGCACUGGGAGCUCUCAGUGGAGACCGCUGCACCCUCCUAAACAGGUCUACAGAACAGAAGGAUGUACAGGAGACGGAGGAGGAAGAGGAGGAAGAGGAGGGAAAACCAGCUGAAAUGGAGGACCCCGAUGAAGCCUUAGUACCUGACAUGCUGGAGGACAAAGACGAGAGCGUAAUCAGCUGUUACGAGAUACAGAGUGACAGCUCAGAGAUCGUGCACAGAGAAACAGAAAACGACACACUGCCUGCACAUGGCUCACCCCCCACCUCUCUUCCCCCUCUCUCCUCCUCCUCUCCCCCUCGCCUCCCCCCGGGGGAAGGCCUCGAGGCUCGUCAGACGGCCGACAGGGGCGAGGAGGCGGAUGAGGAAGACGGCGACACUGACGACAGCGAGGAGUCGGACGAGGAGCUGCGUGUGUACAGGGUCCAGGACCAGAGCGCCGGCGAGGAGAGCGAGGAGGAAGAGUUCCACCCGGUGCCCAUCGUGGUGAGCGACUGCAGCGACGCACACAACCUGCGCAGCCUCCUCAAGAUGCCCGCCCUGCUGACCGACACGCUCUGCGACGACCUGGAGCGCAAGAGGAAGGUUGUGUCCUUCUUUGAUGACGUCACGGUCUACCUGUUCGACCAGGAGAGCCCUACCAAGGAGCUGGCGGAGCACGGCUUCCCCCCUGUGGGGGAGUCCAGGGUGUCGGCUUCACAGGGCAGGUCUUCCCCCCCGGAGAGGGUCAGCCACACGUCUGACGACUCCUCGGAUGGUAACAUCUCUGAGGAGAGUGCAGGGUACGAAUGGGAGGAUGACUUCCCAUUGCUGCCUCUGUCCACAUCCAAGAUGGCCGACUCAGAUUCCCUUGUAUCCAAGCCCAGCUUGCCCCCCACCACCAAGGUUGCGGAGCCCAAACAGACUCAGUACUCUCGCUUCACUGUGUCUCCCUCCAGCGUCAAUCGCUUCUCCAUCACACACGUGUCCGACUCGGACAUGGACACCGCUGGUGGGAGCAGUGAGGAAGGGGAGAGGGAGUAGAUUGAGGCCUCUUUCAUCCAGGAAGUACAUCACACUACAGAGUUUGGACCCACCCCUCUAUGAAGAUCUGUUGGAUUUGUGCUUUUGGGACGUCAGGUUUUUGAACACUAGGACAGUGCUUCUUAUCUUGUCCAGACAAUUUGAAAAUGGAGUUCCUCUGGUCACCCCAAAGGACAAAGUGAUAAAAAAAAAAACAUAAAAAAAACAAUACUCAAGAGUAAUAUAUGUUGCAAAGACCUUGUAUGCAGGAUGAAAAUCUUUAUCAUUGCAUCUGACAUAUUUUUGGUAAAAAAAAGGACAACCUUUGGAACGUAUCACUAGUUUACCACCAUGUUCACCUCUCAUCUGUAAUCUAUUCAAGUAGAAUGAAGAAAGCAGCAUGACGUAGACUGCUGGUGACAGAAUAACACCUGUUUACCACAUUGAGAGGGGAGAAGAGAGAGUUGGGAGAGAGGAUCGACCCACUUCCUUUCACGCUCCUCAUCAGAGGAUUCGUUCUAGAACUUCUGACUGUACCAAGGACUUAGUUGGAAGAGAUAUUGCAUUGCCAUAAAUUAUAAAUGUAUCACAAGUAAUAUAAUGUUACAUGUUCAAACAGCUCUGGAUCAAGUUAGGACACUGAGGCGAACAAACACACAGUUAAGGCCAUUUAGAACUACUGUUUGUGCGAAAUUGGUUGAGGUUCUGUAACAUUGUGUGGUUCCACGAGUGAAACCGCUACUGCACCGUAUGCUUGGGCUUUGACACAGUCACCAGAACCAGGCUCCUGUCUAGCCCCCGUCAGACCCACAGGCUCUAGCCCCUGUGUACAUAUCGUGGCAUACAUGUGAACACUUGAGAGCUGUAUCAACAUGUCUAUGAGUCUUGCAUUCACGUACGUGUCACUGUGGGCUCUCGAAGCAUAUCGUAUCGCCAUGCGUCAUCAACAUAUCGUAUCGCCAUGCGUCAUCAACAUAUCGUAUCGCCAUGCGUCAUCAACAUAUCGUAUCGCCAUGCGUCAUCAACAUAUCGUAUCGCCAUGCGUCAUCAACAUAUCGUAUCGCCAUGCGUCAUCAACAUAUCGUAUCGCCAUGCGUCAUCAACAUAUCGUAUCGCCAUGCGUCAUCAACAUAUCGUAUCGCCAUGCGUCAUCAACAUAUCGUAUCACCAUGCGUCAUCAACAUAUCGCUCUGCUUUUCUCUGGCUGGUCACGUUUGAAGCCGAGCAGAGGUUGGAAGCCUGUUUUUAUUCCUUGUGUAAAGCUCAACACCUCAUCACACGCUGUAUACUGGCUGUACACAUUUCGGCCGCAUGGUUUUACUGUGAUCCAAGUCAUAUUUGGACUAUUGUGCAGUUCAGAUUCAGACAAAGGUAUUUGUCUUUUCACAAGAGCAGUUUCAGUUCAGAAGUAUUAAGAACAAGCUAGAUAAUACACUGAUACGGUAGCAUAUUUUAUAGUAAAUCCUUUGGUGAAAUCACUUUCAAGAUAUCAAGAUGCAAUUGGAUGAAGGCAGGAAUAAAUGUGUGAUUUUAAGGUGGCCUGUAUAGUAUGUUUAGUUUCAUGCAAAAAGCAGAUUAAAACCCUCAAAAAUUACUUACUGAGAAUAAGCAGACGUUUGAUACAUUUUCACAGCAGAAUUAUUUCCGAUGUCUCAAAGUAUGCUGUAUGUUCAGCUAGGGAUGUUGGGAUGGUGUUAGAUCAUUGUGGGUUAGUUCAAUGAUUUCAAACAUACUGGACUAUAGACCUCCCAGUUCCCUCAUGUGUGUGGAACGUGAAAUGGUUCCAGAGGAACAAACGAUGUUAGCUUAGCAUUGCUUAACAGCUCUAUUCAAGCCUGUUAGUCACUGGAUCAGGGUGCGAAGCCAACAGACCCACACGAAAGCAGAAAGUAAGUUAUUUGUCUUCGGGAGCUUUAUCAUGUUCUGUAAUAGUUUAGUAAUAGUCCCAUCUAAACAGUUGUCUGUACUAUUUUUGUAUCUCCAAAAAGUAUUUUAAGAAUAUCUGGUGACAUGUAGAGGGUGUGAGUGAAAGGAACUGUUUAUGUUUAUUGUUGCCAAAGAUGCUUUCGGACGUCGAGGGCAGACAAUGGAAGAUAUUGGGGCGUUAACCCUUAACGGAGGUAAGCGGGGAACAGAUUUGGCCUUGUACUGGUCGUGGAAUACGAACAGCACCACAUUUUAGGGAAUACGUCUUUGGUAAUAUGUGCCCCCUUGCUGACUUGGCACAUAAUUACUUUCUCUACCUUACUGUAUAUGAAAUAUAAAUAAAGUCUGUUU